AUGGCUUCGGCGCCACGGGUCAUCUUCCGAGGCCCGCCGGGCAUGAGGAAGGCGAUUUACUAUUUCAUCGGAUCGGUCUUCACCGGAGCUGGAUCCUACCAGGGCUAUCUGUUGACGCAGCAUCUCAGCUGGCCUCUGUUCUCGCGCGACGUGGAAAACACCAAGCUGGCGCCGCCGAUGCUCAGAUAUGCGACCGGCGGCGGUAUCGGCCUCACGGCCGGGGCGCUCGGAAUGUUCUUCUUCUGGACGCCUACGAGGCUCGCCACGCGCGUCACGCUGUAUCCUGCGAUCCGCCAGGUCGGUAUUCGCACCGCCGCCAGGCCGUUUCACAGCUUCUUGCCCACCUCGAUGCGUUCAAAGAAAAGCGCCCCGCUCAACCCCAAGGAUCCUUGCGAACGGCUUCACACCCUCAGUGCCCUCUAUCGCCGAGACAGGACCUCGGCGGUGGAGAUUGAACAGUACGCUCAAGGCAAGGGCAUCCGCGUCGUCUCUGCGACUUCGGGUAAGCGACAAAAGGUGCCCUCGUCCAUCUUGCUCGGCGAGGAUGCGUCGUUCGGAUACCAGCUCGAGGCGUCCCCGACACCGAUGUUCGAUACCAAGGCGAAAAACCUGUACAGGCAGUACUGGUCGCGCUUCCGGCUCGGCCUUCGAGGCGAUACCGACUGGUCCAAGGUUGCUGGAGGCCAUGCUCUCAGCGAUGCGGAACUCACUGCGCGACAGCAACUCCAUCCCAAGGAUCCGUGGUUCCUCGACCGUCGCAACUUCGAUAGACUCUUCCCCGUGCGCAGCUACAAAUCCGAAAAGUAA